AUGAGAUGGCGUCAUGAGAAUCAAAGGGAGAAUGGUUCAUUGUCUCAUCCGUCAGAUGCAAAAACUUGGAAACACUUUGAUGAAACAUGGCAUGACUUUGCUCGAGAUCCUCAAAAUGUUAGAUUAGGCUUGUGCUCAGAUGGCUUUGCUCCAUUUGACAAAACAAGCAAGCUUUAUUCUUGUUGGUUUGUGAUUAUUACUCCAUAUAAUUUGCCACCUUAG